AUGGAGCCCCCCGGCGCGGUGGCAGGAGGCGGAGCGGGCAGCAACGUCCCUGCCUUCCUCACCAAGCUGUGGACGCUGGUGGAGGACCCGGACACGGACGCGCUCAUCUGCUGGAGCCCGAGUGGGAACAGCUUCCAUGUUUUCGACCAAGGCCAGUUUGCCAAGGAGGUCCUCCCCAAAUAUUUCAAACACAACAACAUGGCCAGCUUUGUGCGGCAGCUGAACAUGUACGGUUUCCGAAAGGUGAUCCACAUCGAGCAGGGCGGGCUGGUCAAGCCCGAGAAGGAUGACACUGAAUUCCAGCACCCCUACUUCCUCCGUGGCCAGGAACAUCUCCUGGAGAACAUCAAGAGGAAAGUCACCAACGUGUCCAGCAUAAAGAACGAGGACAUCAAGGUUCGCCAGGACAGCAUGACCCAGUUGCUGACCGAUGUCCAGCUGAUGAAGGGCAAGCAAGAGAGCAUGGACUCCAAGCUGAUCGCCAUGAAGCACGAGAACGAGGCCCUGUGGCGAGAGGUGGCCAGUUUGCGUCAGAAGCACACGCAGCAGCAGAAGGUCGUCAGUAAGCUCAUCCAGUUCCUGAUUUCCUUGGUGCAGUCCAACCGUAUCCUCGGGGUGAAGAGGAAGAUCCCCCUGAUGCUGAACGACGGUGGUUCACCCCACAGCAUGCCCAAGUAUGGCCGGCAGUACUCCUUGGAGCACCUCCACAGCCCGUCCCCCUACUCGGCAUCCUCCCCAGCGUACGACGGCCCCAAACUCUACUCUCCAGACUCCGGCCCCAUCAUCUCCGACGUGACCGAACUGGCCCAGUCCAGCCCGUCCCCCUGCCCCAGCACCAGCAGCUUUGAGGAGGAGAGGAGCAGCCACCUGGUCCAUAUCAAAGAAGAGCCCCCGAGCCCCUCCUGCAGCCCCUCCGCAGAGGACAUCGGCCCCCCGCUCUCGCCCUCCACGUUCAUCGACUCCAUCUUCCGAGAGGAGCAGCCCAGCAGCGCUUCGACCACGGCCUCUCCCACCCAGGGCAGCCGAGCGCAGCCCCAGGAAAAGUGCCUCAGCGUGGCCUGUCUGGACAACGUGGGUCGUGCUCCGCAGAUGUCUGAAGUCACCUGCCUUUUCCCCAGCCCUUCCUCUUCCUCCCUGCUCUGCAGACCGCAGCAAGGGAACGAGCUGAGCGAGCACCUGGAGACCAUCGAUUCCAGCCUGGACCACCUGCAGACCAUGCUGACCACCCACAACUUCAGCGUGGACACCAGCGCCUUGUUGGACCUCUUCAGCCCUUCCAUGGGGGUGACGGACAUGAACCUGCCGGAUCUGGACAGCAGCUUGGCCAGCAUCCAGGAGCUGCUCUCCUCGCAGGAACCGCAGAAGCCAGCCGAGGGGGAAGACGCCACGGCAGACACAGGCAAACAGUUGGUGCAUUACACGGCCCAGCCCCUCUUUCUGGUGGACUCCAACACGGUGGACGUGGGCAGCGCGGACGUACCCAUCUUCUUUGAGCUGGGGGAAGGAGCCGGCUUCCCCGAGGCGGAGGGUGGCUUGGAGGACCCCAGCCUCUCCCUGCUCUCUGGGACGGAGCACGCCAAGCCCCAGGACCCCGCGGUCUCCUGAGGCCGAGCUCAGCUGGGAAGGCCUGCCGCGGGCUCCCUCUGCCCUGCCCGGCGGGGGCCAGCUCCUUCGGGACAAGAGGGCUGUUGUGCGCACGCUUCCCACGGGGGUGUUGUGGGCCCGGCUUUGGAGACGGCGGCCUGGGCGUGGAGGGACGGGGCUGGGGCCGUGGGGCCACGGGACGUUCGCCUCUGGUGCUCGUCAGGCCUCCUCGCCUGUCCGAGAGACUCCGUGGCUCCUCCAAGCAGCGUCCGAAAGGUUGAGGGGGACCUCUGGGGUACGGCUGCGGCCCUGCCUCCUGGGGACCCCCACGAGAAGGUUCCCCACCCGCCACUUUCCCCCAGUGGGGUUUAUUUUAUUUCCCUUGGCUUAGCAGUGAAGGGUUUGUACAUUUACAUUUUGAUUGUUACUAGAAAAAAUUGUAUUUUGAAUUUUUACAUAAGAGAAGACGCUCCCUGCCCCUCCCUCUCUCUUCUCUCACAAUAUAAAUAUCUAUAUAUAUGUGCUCAAAUAUAUCUAUAUCUCUA